GUCCAUAUAUUCAAGGUCUUUCUCUUUAUGCUUUUGCUUCACUUUAUUCAACCUGUAAGGCUCACAGGGAUAGUUCAAAACGCAUAUAUUAUAGAGUUUGAUCAAAAUACGAACAACUCAAUUCAUCAAUCCAUCAAUGACGAAUUACGUUUUUACAAGAACCAAUACGAACUGUCGUCAUCAAGUGAAGGAGGAACUAGCCAUCCUAUCAUACGCCACUUGAGCAAGCAUCCUGCUGUUGUUAGUAUAAGCUCAGUAUCCAAGCUUGUACAACCUCAAUGGUUCAAUGGUUCACCGAAUUACACAUUCCCUUAUUCGAACAGCGUCUCUCAGGCCUAUGAUGUGCAUCGACAGUUAAAGAUUACCGGAGAAGGUAUUCUAGUCGGGAUAAUAGAUUCAGGUAUCGAUUACACUCACCUAGCACUAGGUGGUGGACUUGGCAAAGACUAUAAAGUUAGGUAUGGGCGCAACCUGGUCUCUGCAAAAAGAGAUGAAAAAUUGGGCAUCAAGCCUCGCGGGGAAUUUGAUCCAUAUGAUCCUUGUACAGGACGCAACACAGGCCACGGAACUCAUAUUGCUGGUAUCAUUGCUGGUUAUGAUAUAUCAAAGAACUUUAUAGGAAUUGCUCCUAAUGCAACACUAGCUGUCUGGAGAAUUUUCGGUUGCGACCAGAGAGCACACGAUGAUACUGUGAUUAAAGCACUCGAAAUGGCUUAUGAAGCUGGAUGUCAAGUAAUUAACCUUAGCCUUGGCUCAGAGAAUGGCUGGAUAGAGAGCCCCUUGGCAGCUGCGGUAGAGCGAAUAUCCAAAGCAGGCAUCAUAGUUGCUAGUGUCGCAGGAAAUCAAGGUAUGGAUGGCCCAUUUUCUAUAAGUUCUCCUGGAAUAGCAGAAAGUGCUGUUUCUGUUGCUUCUAUCAAUAGCCCAUACUACCCAGCCAAAGUAUUUGAAUUCAGCACGUUUCCUGGAGAAUACUUUUCUUAUCUGCCUUCAACCUCUACACAGUCAUUUCCCAAUGGCGAACUGGCAUAUGUUAUAGUAAACGGUAGCUUUCCGUACGCUUGCAAUAACGACAUGCAAUUCCUUACACAGUUUUCCACUGUUGGCAAAAUACUACUUGUGAAGCGAGGCCACUGUAAAUUUAACGAAAAAUUGAAAAAUGCAAAAUUACUAGGUGUAAAAGGUGUUUUAUUUUAUGACCCUGAUACAUCAUCUCACGAUGUGGCUAGGGCAAAAACACAUAAUGGAAUGCUUCCUUGUGCAGGGAUUGAGUACGCAACAGGCAACAGAUUAGUUACUUAUAUGAUGCAACAUAAAGAUGUAAUAAUCAAGUUGAAAACUGCAGAGGAAGAGCAUAUCAUCGAUGGAGGUCCAGGUCUACGUAUAUCUGAUUUUUCAAGCAUUGGUCCAUCUUAUGAAUUACAUAUGAAGCCCAUAAUUACAGCAAUUGGAGGCAAUGUCUAUUCGACUGUACCUUAUCGUGUAAACAAUGGGUGGUCCGUAAAAUCAGGUACGUCAAUGGCCUCUCCGCAAGUAGCUGGUACACUAGCGCUGAUGCUGGAAUAUUAUCAAAAAACAAAAAGAAGUGUUACCGGUACCUUUCUUAUUGAGCAACUUCAGAACCAUGCAAGGAUCUUGAAAAAGGAAUCAGGAAUACCUUACCAUCCUUUAAUACAAGGAUCAGGGCUUAUACAAGUUUUUGAUGCAAUAAGAGAAAAGGUGCAUGUUUCUCCCGCACAUAUUAGUUUUAAUGAUACAGCAUCUUUCUCAGUCUACAAGAAAAUUACGCUUACUAUAAGUAAUGAGAAUGGUUACCCAUUACAUGUUUUAUUCGAGAAUAUUCAGUCAGGCUCAAUUCAAAUGCUUCCUGCUAAUACCGCAGACUACCAGCUAAACAAGGCACAGAUUGAUGAUGGGUACUUUCAUGUUGAUCUUCAAUUUACACCUUCAUCCACAGCAGUUAUUCCUGCACUAGCUUCAGUUAAAAUAGAUGUAACAGUACUUAUAAAUAAUCACAUGAUGGUAUAUUAUCCCUUCCCAAUGUAUGGUGGAUUUAUCGUAGUUAAAGAUGCCUUGUCAAAACGAGCACUAUCAAGUGUUCCUUACUUUGGAGUCAUUGGAAGCAUGAAGGACGUACCCAUUUUUGAUAAAGGAUAUCCUUAUAUGGCAUCCGAGAAAAAUAUAACAGAAAAAGCAAGCUUUCCUUAUCUGUUCACAUUAACAAGAUCCAAGUCAAGGCCAACCAUGGUCAUUCGCACAAUGACAGGAACAGCAAGGAUAGAGAUUAGACUGCUGGAUAAAUAUGGGAAUCCGAUCGGCGUAAUUCAUAAUGGUGUGCAUACGUAUAAAGCCAGAAAUGGGCUCGCAAACAAACGAUAUACAAAGUACAAAUGGACUGGGGAUUAUAAAGCAAUAUGCAACACUGGAAAAUAUGUGAGAAAAUACAAGUGUGACGAUACUCAUGAGAUCCGUGCUAAAGAGGGCUCAUAUUAUUUACUUUUGCGCGCCCUUAAGCACUUUGGCGAUCCUGAUAACAAAGACGACUGGAAAGAAUGGAAGUCAGGGGAAAUUAUAGUGCAAGUCGAAUAAAUUAGAUUCAUCACCUAGCCCUGUAUAAAACUACUUGUGGGGUUUAACCUUCGUCAUGAAAAUAAAAAGAAGCACUAGUCGUUUUAAUUCCAACGGAC